AUGGAGAAAGCACAAUCAAGUUCAAGUUUGACAAGUUUGAUGAGGACCAAGUCCGAUCAACUAGUGGAGACAAUGGCGGCGGCAAUGGCGGCAAUGAAGUCACCAAUGUCAAGUGAUCAGGCCGGUGGAGGGCCAGAGAGCAGCGGAACCCUUUCGAGGAAGUCCAGCAAACGGCUAGCGGCUGCCUCGCCAGGGCGGAGUAACGGCAGUACUGGCAAAAACACUCACAUUAGGAAGUCAAGAAGUGCUCAAUUGAAAUUUGACAUAGAUGAGGUGAACAGUGGUGCAGCUUUGAGCAGGGCUUCUAGUGCCAGCUUAGGGUUUUCCUUCUCUUUCACGGGCUUCACCGUCCCGGCCGAUGACGUCGCCGACUUAAGAUCGUUUAGCGAUGAUGAAACCCCCGAGGAUCUUGAAGCAGGCAUGCGAAAGAAGAUAAGUCAAACAGAGCCAACCUUGCCAAUCUAUCUCAAGUUUACAGAAGUGACAUACAAAGUGAUUCUCAAAGGAGUGAGAACUACGGCUGAGAAGUGUAUCCUAAAUGGAAUCACCGGUUCAGUGAAUCCAGGAGAAGUUUUGGCACUGAUGGGACCUUCAGGAAGCGGCAAGACUACACUCCUAACUCUGCUUGGAGGCAGGUUAAGAGAGCCCACCCCAGGUGGUUCAAUUACUUACAAUGACCAGCCAUAUUCAAAGUUCCUAAAAAGCAGGAUAGGAUUUGUGACUCAAGACGACGUGCUAUUCCCUCAUCUCACGGUGAAAGAAACAUUAACAUAUGCAGCUCUCCUACGACUGCCAAAGACAUUGACAAAACAGGACAAGGAAAAAAGAGCCACAGACGUCAUCUAUGAGUUGGGCUUGGAGAGGUGCCAAGACACUAUGAUCGGUGGCUCCUUUGUUCGGGGAGUCUCAGGUGGAGAGAGGAAGCGUGUCUGUAUUGGAAAUGAAAUAAUAAUUAACCCUUCCGUAUUGUUUCUCGAUGAACCCACCUCUGGCUUGGAUUCUACAACAGCCUUGAGGAUUGUUGAUAUGUUGCAUGAUAUAGCUGAGGCAGGGAAAACAGUGAUCACCACUAUCCACCAACCAUCUAGCAGACUCUUCCACAAAUUUGACAAGUUGAUCCUUCUUGGCAAAGGGAGCCUGCUUUACUUUGGAAAGGCAUCGGAAGCAAUGGUAUAUUUUUCAUCCAUAGGAUGCUCCCCUCUUAUUGCCAUGAAUCCAGCAGAGUUCCUGCUAGACCUUGCAAAUGGAAACAUAAAUGAUGUCUCUGUACCAUCAGAACUACAUGACAAUGUGCAAGUGGAGAAUUCCGAAUCAGAAAUGAGGAACGGAAAGCCAUCUCCAGCAGUUGUGCAUGAGUAUCUCGUGGAGGCCUAUGAGACUCGAGUGGCUGAGAGUGAGAAGAAAAAACUAAUGAUUCCCAUACCAAUUGACGAAAAUAUGAAGUCAAAAGUGAAUUCUACAAAGCGAGAAUGGGGAGCAAGCUGGGGUGAACAGUUCUCCAUAUUAUUCUGGAGAGGACUCAAAGAAAGGCGACAUGACUAUUUUAGUUGGUUGAGAAUUACCCAAGUCACCACCACCGCAGUUGUCUUGGGAUUACUCUGGUGGCAAUCAGAGGUCAAUAGCCCCGAAGAACUGCAAAAUCAGGCGGGACUGCUGUUCUUUAUUGCCGUAUUCUGGGGAUUUUUUCCAGUUUUCACAGCAAUCUUCACUUUUCCCCAAGAAAGAGCUAUGCUGAACAAGGAACGAGCAGCCGACAUGUAUAGAUUAAGUGCAUAUUUUGUGGCUAGGACUACGAGUGACCUUCCACUUGAUCUUUUGCUGCCAGUACUUUUCCUUCUUGUUGUCUAUUUCAUGGCAGGCUUAAGGCAGAGUGCUGGUUCAUUUUUUCUAACCAUGCUUACAGUUCUCCUCAGCAUUGUAGCGGCACAGGGGCUUGGACUAGCUAUUGGUGCUACAAUGAUGGACUUGAAAAGGGCAACAACUCUGGCCUCAGUAACUGUGAUGACCUUUAUGUUGGCUGGGGGGUAUUUUGUGAAGGAAGUUCCGGUAUUCAUAUCAUGGCUCCGCUAUCUCUCCUUCAACUAUCACACUUAUAAACUUCUCCUGAAGGUACAGUAUGAACACAUAAGUCCCAUAAUCAAUGGAAAGAAAGUAGACAACGGCUAUAAGGAAGUUGGUGCCCUGGCAGCCAUGGUUGUUGGCUACCGUUUGUUGGCAUACCUUUCUUUGCGAAAGAUGAAGCUUCAACCCGGAACUUAGAUUAAUGGGAAUCUUCGAGGGACACAAUUUGGCUGCAUUAGCGUCCUGUUUGUACCACUCCGACAGCUAUCCUGUAACACUUAUCAAGUCACGAGACUGAAGAAGGAAACUAGCAACAAACACUGAUCCACAACAGUUGAAUUUUCCACCUCCAAGUAGUUGUAGUUUCACCAUCUAGAACCAUAUAUGGUUUAUCAUAUGAAUGCCAAGGAUUUGUUAGAGGUUAUUUUUAGAUGAGUAAAGAGCAAUGUAACAAUUUACAUAAAGCACCGGAAGCAGCUACUUUAAAUCAAAUAUCAUGAAGAGCAUUCUGGAUUUUCUAUACACAGUUAUCUUGAAAAUCUUGGUAAAGAUUUUUGGAAAAAGAUGGUUUAAUUGAUGAAAUUGACUACUAUCAGUGCGUUGCAAAAUACAUCUGGAACCAAAUUUAUGUUUUUA